CCAAUUGUAGUCCACGGACUGUAUUUUGAAAUCCUUCGUGUUACAAGAAACUAGUUUGCCUCUUUGUAACGUGAUGGCUGUUGGUUCUAGCAUCUUCACUGCUCUAAGACAAACACAUUCAUUUAUACUCGAGGGUAACACGACUCAAUCGUUCACAAUGGUAGUGCAUUCAAUCCUUGUCUUCUUUUAAAACUUGAAUCCCAAUAUCUCAUUCUACUUUUUUUAUCUUUCUGUACCUAACUUUUCUGCUAGUAUUAUUACUGCUCCUGCUUCUACUACUCAAGUGUUUUUGAAGUAGUUUUGUCGCUGAAUUGUAAUAUGGCGAAUGAAUCAUGCCAGGUUUUACGUUGGGCAUGAUGAAUCAUAAUGAUUCGAUACAUCAACCUCCAAAUUAUCAUCGAAUUCAUUUCGGUUAGUGCAACCAUGUGGUUAGAACACAUCAGGGGAUACCAAAGGUCUGGAAACCAUACCUUAACACCGAGUAGUGAUUUCACAGAAAUCAGCUGAUUUACACUAACUUGUCGCAGCGAUAUUGGAUAUGCUAUGACGAAAGUGCCGUUAAAACCAGCCUUGAAUUAACAACAUCGAAGUGCAUUUUCGAACAAUUUGACGGUAAAACUCAUUUAUUUUUGGCAUUUUUAUGCAGAUCCAGUUGGAUUAUGAAACUUUUCUGCACUAUAGGAAGAUAGGAAUAUUCUUAAAUGUAUAUAACGACGAGCUAUGAAAUCGUUCGGAGGACUUUGGUUCAGGGUUUACGAGAAACGCUUUAAAACAAUUUUAGAAUAUAGGCAACUCAAAAACAACAUUUAAUGACUAUCGCAUCAUGAUAUGUUAGCCGCGUCAGAUCCUAGGAGACCCAAUAAACUUCGAAGAUUCGUCCCAUUAUCACAGGAUGCCCCUCCACUAGACCAAACUAUAGACUAUCUUAAUUUUUUCGGAAUAGUCUUAAGCAUGUGUGGACUGUUGUUUGAAAUGAAGUUUGCUGCUUGGUUGGCCGUUGUUUGUGCUUUCAUAACGUAUGCCAACUCAAGAACUGGGGAAGAUACAAAACAGCUGAUCAGUGGCUUCAUGUUGUCUAUCAGCGCACUUAUAAUAUUCAAUAAGCGUGUUAUAUAUGUUGGGGGACUAUCAGAGCAAGUUGAUGUACCUCUUGUUCGUGCGGCGUUUAUCCCUUUUGGAGACAUAGUUAGUAUUAAUAUGCCCAUGGACUAUCAAACUGAAAAACACAGAGGUUUCGCUUUUGUUGAAUUCGAAGAAGUUGAAGAUGCCAUGAGUGCCAUUGAUAAUAUG